AAAAUUAUAGCUUCCUUGGUUUCUAUAAAUAUCGUCAUCAGCAACCUGACUUUACCUUUUCAUACCAAAAGGAGUCACGCAAACUUAGUAGCGAUCUCGAGGAAUUAACGAAAGAAGAUUCAGAAGUAGUUAGAGCUUGCGCAGGAGGGACAUCUGCGUUUGACCCUCUGAAGAUCUGCGUUUCGUCGUGUAUCACAGGUUCUUUCUUGUGCACGCAACUACGUUAUAAUCAGUUUUAUUUUAUUACCGCUCUAACUAUUAUACUUGAUCUUCAACUACAUAAGAAUCAUCGUGAAAAAUAUCCUGAUGUUCAGAUGUUUUGGAACAACUUAGAGUCAUCUGUCGCCAGUUCGAGUCUACAAUUAGAUAAGGUAAAUACGGCUCGAACAGUAAUGCAUGGCACCGAGAGGUUGAUCAAAACCGCCUUCAACGAAGUUGAUGGCACACUGAAAGCCGAUGUCUCUAAUAAUGGACCGAAAACGACCAGAGAAUGUUUUGGUGAUGAAAUCGUGGGAGAAUUCCAUAUUCAAGAUAAUAAUCAAGAACAAUAUCGAAUCAGAAAUGGAGCGGACAAUCAUGCUGAUUCAGAGGAUAGUUAUGAAUCGCAGGACCACCAUGAUUUAGACAUGUCAAAUCGGGAUGCAAUUGACGAAAUUGACGAGACGAAGGGGGCAAUAAAUGAUGAAGGAAAGGUGGUGGAAGGAAAUAAAACAAAACAGCUUAGGCUAAGCGAAGCAAAUAGAAAGGAGAUUGACGAAGCUUACAAGUUAAUGGAUAGACAAUACAUGUGGGAACUAUCGUCGGGAAAAGUAAUCGAAGAGGAACUAUAUAAAUUAGGGAGGGAGCUGGAGUUUGAACAUGCUGUUCACUCAUUUAUCCUGGAUAUCGAUGACGAGUUAGUUGCAGACUGUUUCACCGAGACAGAACUUCGUGAGAUAGAGCUCACACCUAUCCCAGAAGUUCCCGAACUCUCAGACGAACUUAAAGGAAAUACGACAACUAAUAAAGGAACUAAGUUUCGUAUUGAUUAUGAUUGUGAAAAGCAUCACGAUAUGGACUACAUAUGCCUGGCUUUACAUGCGUUAAUUAGAGAAAUUGAAAGUGGAAAAAUCACGGAAGCAAAUCUAGAAAACUGGUUUAACUGUCACGUCUGGAGUAUGGUCUUUGACCACGCAUUCGAAAAUAUAAAGGCCAUAUCUGUCGUCAGAGGUGAAAGCACGAGUGUAUCGACAGCCACUCGAAAAAAUAAAAAAACGAAAAGGAAAUCGGGGAACCGUCGAAAAAUUGGUCGUAGAGGAGACUGGAUCCUCAGGGCUGUCGGAAAUGGUGAUAAAAAUGAAUUUGGGGCGGGAGAGGCGGGUAAAAGUUGGGUAGACCAAUACGGAACGAAAUAUCUUAGAGAAGGAGGGUUGAAACUUCCGAAGGUACUUAAAGACAUGCUAUUAAACUUAAGGGAGAAAAUAGGUUGGAAUGAAGAAGCACGCAAAAAAAUACAAACCGUAGGAAUUAUUCAUGGAGGCCUUAUGAUGACAAUAGCAUAUCUCGAUAACCCAAUGGGUUACAUCUGCAGAUUGCGACGUAGUGAUUUGAUGGAAGUGCCCGAUAUGGCCGAAAAAUUCGAAUCAAUUUUGACAAUUCUUGCAUCGGUCUUGAAUAUAAAGUCUGUAGUCGGAGAGACGAUAAAGAUCGUCCAAAGAAGUGGACAGACUAACAAAUCAUUUAAGAGUGCCGGGCUUCGGAAACGAUCUCGAAAUGAAAGUCAGCGCCAUUUAUAUGCGUGCAUGUCAACCCCAAAGAAAGCGAGAGUAUGUAAAGUGAGUACCGAAAGACCAUAUCCUGCGUCACCAUGCCCUGGAUCACCAAAUUCAGGGUCAUUGAUUAAUUCUUUAGCGGAAUGA